AUGCAAGUCGUUUCUCUGAAUGUGAUCAGCGAAGAAACAAAUUAUGAGAGAAUUUACGACCUGUCUGCGUUGAUUGCGGAACGAAAGCUAACGCUUCAUUUUGGCAUACUGCAGAAAAGCCCCGAAAAAUAUGAGGGGAUCAACUUGCUUGGGCCGCCACCACCAUCAUUUAGCAGUGUUCUCGGCCGAUUCGAAGCGUCAUUUCUCAGCAAUGAAGGCAUACUGAAAACGCUUCUGCUCACACGUGCAACACCGCGUUUAACAGAUGCGAAAUUUAUCCAGGCAACAGCUGUCACCAACGAAGUUCUCCUUCAUCUUUCAGUGGUGAACUUUCCACUCCGCUUUCAUUUGGGAAUAAUUUCUUGCUAUUGGUAAUG